AUGAUAGAGUUUACUGAGGAUGAGGUGAAAAUUUUUAUGAAAUUGGCUCUUGAGGAGGCCAAAAAGGCCCUGGAUAAGGAGGAAAUCGCUGUUGCUUGUAUCAUAGUUUCAAAAGCUACGAGAGAGGUCGUAGCUUCAUCCUCAAACGCUACAAAUUUGACAUACAAUUCAACUUGGCACUGUGAACUCGAGGCCAUAAAUAAAUUGAUUGACAUGGAACCGAACGGGUACAAGUCAGAACAAGAUUCUGAAAAAUUGAGAGAGUUUUGUUCAGGAUUUGCUCUGUUUGUUACUUGUGAACCUUGUAUUAUGUGUACUACAGCACUUCAGAUUAUCGGUAUCUUUCUACUCAUGUAUUAUGGUUGUAAAAAUGAAAAGUUUGGAGGUUGUGGUUCCGUUUUAUCAUUACACCUAUCUAAAGUUAUAUUUAGGAAUGGAGAUUUACCACGUAUAAAUUGCCUUGGAGGAUUAUUGUCAGAAGAGUCAGUGAAUCUACUCCAGACUUUCUAUUCUAGGGGGAAUCCCAGAGGUGCUUUCCUAUACUUAAAUUAA